GCAAUAAAUGUCUGACCACUUCUUGUGACUCGAGAAGUGGCCACAGAGUGACUAUAAGUGAAGAUAUGGCCAAAUGGAGGGCAAACAGUGAUGCAAAUGAUUUAACGUUUGAACAGUUGGAGAUGGCUUUGGAUGUGACCUCUGGUCACGAAAAUAAUGAGCACUUGAACGGUGUCCGCAAUACACAUAAUGGUCAUCGCGGCUGUCAAAGAGGUCACAGUCGCGACACGUGUUGGCAGUCACGUACCAACCGUACGGUAGGUCAUCACCACAUUAGUGGUCAUCACUGCACUUCAUUUGAAUCACAUCAGCAAUACUUGCAUUCAAACCAUUUGAAUCAUUCAUCGCAUCCAACAUUAAACCAUUUGAAUCACAAUCAUUAUAAUCACAUUCAUUGCAAUCGAUGUAAUAAUCACUCAAUUCAUUGCAAUCAAGAGUUAAUUAGCGAAGAAAUUGAUACUCAAAGCCAUGGAUUACAACAAAUGACAUAUACUUUGGAUCAGACAGAGUUUGAACGCAUUUGGCGUCAAUUGUCGUCAAACAAAGAUCGCUACCAUUUCUUGCAGUCAUUGAACCGUUCGUCCGGUAAUUUGGUUUUUUCCGAGAUAUCUUUUGGCUCUUUAGGUGACAUCGCGACAGCUCUUCUAGAGUUUGACCAAACUGUCGAUGAUUUUGUUUUUGUAAUUUAUAUUUUAAACUCUUUAAGUCGCGCCAAAAGAUUUCUUCUUACACUUCAAUUCUUAUCACUUGAAGAGCGAAUUGAAUGCAAGAAAUUAUUUAUCAAACUUUGGAAAUCUAUGAAUGAUAUCAAACAAGAUUUGGCUGAGAAUGAUAUCACUGAAGUGACAAUUAAUGCUCUGAUGAAGACUUAUGAAGUAGAUAUAGAUUAGGAUAUUCAGUGAUUUAUUUGAUU